GAAAACUCCUUUGCAAAGAAGCGGACUUUUCACUUCAGCGAGGGAGAGGCAGGUUUCUCUGUAGAGAGAGAGAGAGAGCUUGCAGGCUGAGAUCAGCUAUGGCGACGGCGGCGGAUGCGGAAGCGGUGGAUUUCGAGCCGGAGGAGGACGAUUUGAUGGACGAGGACGUUGGUGGGGACGCGGAGGCAUCGCCGAGGGCUGCUGGUCAGAUGCCGAAGCUCAAGUCCGCCAUCACCGGCACUGACUCGUUGGCGGCGAAGAAAACCAAAGGGCGAGGUUUCCGUGAGGAGCCGGAUUCGGACCGACAACGCCGACUGUCUUCCCGUGACUUUGAUUCCCUCGGCUCCGAUGGCGGUCCUGGUCCUCAGAGAUCGGUUGAAGGAUGGAUCAUUCUGGUAACUGGAGUACAUGAAGAGGCACAGGAGGAUGAUUUGCUCAAUGCUUUUGGCGAGUUUGGUGAAAUCAAGAAUCUGCAUCUAAAUCUUGAUCGCCGCACUGGGUUUGUUAAGGGGUAUGCGUUGAUUGAAUACGAGAAGUUUGAAGAAGCGAAAAGCACAAUUUCCCAGAUGAAUGGGGCGGAACUUCUCACGCAGACAGUCAACGUGGACUGGGCCUUCAGCAAUGGACCCAGCAUCGGAUCAUACAGAAGGAAAAACCCGAGGACGGGGCGAACUCAUAGGUCAAGGAGUCCCCGGAGGAGAUACUGACAAGUUCUUGGAGCUAUGGAAAAAAUUGUCUGGUCAUAUUGUUUCUUGUGUAAGAUUCAUAUCCCGAAUUGGAUCGGUUAUUUUCAGUUCUAGUUAGGUUGUUUCUCAGUAAUUCCCAACGCUUUCUUUGUCGUGCUUUUGGAGCAAAAACCGUUCUGCCAUUUGCUCGGUCUUUAACAUACUCGAAUAGCUGUAACCACAAUCACUCCAGGAUUUUGUUUUUCUUUCGACUUUAGUGAUUUCUGCAAGUUCCAA